UGAAAUUUGAAACACUGCGUUUUGGUCUUUUUAAUCUCUCUGCUGUAUUCGUUGCCGCCUCCGGCGUUAUCCGUAAGCGUUUGUCAUUCCGCCGUCAAUGGAGCUUCUCCUCUCCUUCCGCUCCGUCGGCGUUCAUCUUAUCCGGCAAGCCGCUCCGAUCUUAACCAGAGGGGGAAGAGUCUCAAGGCCCGUCUCUAAGAAUCUCUUCGUUCUCCUAUUCUCCACAUCUCCUAAAACCCCUCUUCUUAAACCUCGCGCCGCGUCAUCAGAAGAGAACUCUCUUGUGUUUAAGGGAGACGAGCGUGUGGUGGGUCUUCUGGGAAAGGCAAAUGACGCAUUCGAUAACGUCGACCGGUUUCAGAGCUCGAGCACGAUUGUGGCGAUCGUGACGCCGAUCGGUGGGCCACCUGGAGCGGUGGGAAUCGUGCGGUUGUCGGGACCUAACGCCGUGGAAAUCGCACGGCGAGUCUUUCGUUCGGCUAAGAAAAGGAGGAAGAAGGCGAGCGAUUGCUCCGAGGUUUCGGAUUCGGAUCCAUGGAGUCCCACUAGUCAUUUCGUUGAGUACGGAGUCGUCGUUGAUUCAAAAGGCAAUGUUGUUGACGAGGUAUUAGCAGUGCCCAUGUUGGCUCCUCGGUCAUACACAAGGGAGGAUGUAGUUGAGCUCCAGUGUCACGGGAGCGAAGUUUGUCUGCGUCGCGUUUUGAGGACUUGUGUUGAAGCUGGAGCAAGAUUAGCAGAACCAGGAGAGUUUACACUUCGUGCCUUCUUAAAUGGGCGUUUAGACCUAACGCAAGCUGAAAAUGUUGAGAAACUCAUAUCGGCCAAGUCCUCUGCUGCUGCAGAUGCUGCUUUGGAAGGGAUUCAGGCAUACGUAGAGAGUGCGUUAGAUACAGCAAACUAUGACAAGCUUCUUCGAAGCGGGUUGCAGAUAGCUAUUGUUGGGCGUCCGAAUGUCGGGAAGUCAAGUCUUUUAAAUGCCUGGAGCAAAAGUGAGAGAGCCAUUGUUACAGAAGUUGCUGGAACUACUCGAGACGUAGUGGAAGCUAAUGUUACAGUCCGUGGUGUGCCAAUCACACUUCUUGACACUGCUGGUAUCAGAGAAACUGACGACAUUGUCGAGAAAAUAGGAGUUGAGAGAUCAGAAACCGCUGCUAAGGUUGCUGAUGUCAUAAUCAUGGCGGUGAGUGCUGUCGAAGGCUGGACUGAAGAAGACACUGAGCUUCUACAUAAGAUCCAAUCGGACAAGCCUAUGAUUCUAGUGAUGAACAAAAUGGACUGUGCUCCUUCUGAUUGCUGUGAUCAACUAGAAGAUACGAAGAGAGAAGUUUUCCAUAAAUCUGUGUUUACAUCUGCUGUAACUGGUCAAGGAAUCGAAGAGCUUGAAGAAGCAAUUUUGGAGAUUCUUGGUCUUGAUCGUGUCCCCAUUGGAGGACAUCAAUGGACAGUGAAUCAGAGGCAAUGCGAACAGCUCGUGCGGACAAAAGAAGCGCUCGUGAGGCUGAGAGAAGCGAUCAGAGAUGAGAUUCCGAUUGAUUUCUGGACGAUUGAGCUGAGAGAAGCUGCUUUGGCUCUUGCUCAGAUCAGUGGCCAAGAUGUCUCUGAAGAAGUCUUAUCCUCCAUUUUUUCCAAGUUUUGUAUUGGUAAAUAAAUUAACUAUUGCUAAAUUAAAACCCCCAAACAAAUACUAAACUAUAUCAUUGACACAAUACGCUGUUUUUUUUUUUUUUUUAAACGUAGUAAAACGUCUGUUUUAAAAAAUGUCCUCAUUGAUUUUGUUGAUUGUAAGUACAAUUAUCGUUAACGAAC